CCCAUUUCACUUGACUAGGCGACCUGGCCAAGGUAAGGUAAAGCAGAAAAGAAUACCACUCUGCGUGAACAACAUGGAAGCCAUGUGGAAGACACUGUACGGGAUACUCGAACUGAAUAAUUUACUAUAGCCUAUCGGUUGAAAUGUCCAUGAAACUCAAUUCUCCUUUUAAAGGUGUCAAAACUUUUGUUAUGACAAUGUUAUAAACUAUUUACCAACAAUUCUACGGGAAAGAAUGGUCAAAUAUCUCUACAUUAUUUCUCUAUGGACCGCAGGUAGGCUUCAUUUUCAUUGGCAGCUCAUAAUCAAUUUAAGAAAAUGUUUACUACUGUUGUGCAGUCCAAUUUAUCACAUAUCACCUGGAAAUGAUUUUGAGAACAAUUUUUUGCACCAUUGGCUUGGUUUUAUGCCCUAUAGACAGUAUACUCAAUAUUUUGCAACUACAAUGUAUUAUUUGCUACUGUCAAGCUACAGGAAUAGUUCAGCUGUCAUUGUUCAAGUUGUUUCCCCCUUCUCCCUUAAAAAGUCAUUUUAAGUAUGUUUAACCAAUGUAAUACGUUUUUGUCAUUUUGGAACUCACCCAAACACCCUCAACAUUAUGUGGGUGUCAUUUAUUUUGGUUUACUUUUGUUUUCACUCACUUUACUUGUGCUUGAUGUGGAACCUCACUCUAACUGUAUUUUCCAUCAGCCUACCCAGCAUAUGUAGAUAAUGAGUUGAAAUUGAGAACAAGAAAAGUGUUACAUUUCAUAAUAAGUUGAUACUCAAGACAUUGAUUACAACAAUUUCAAAAGGUUGUUGGCAUGCAUACAGAAAAACAAACAGCGCUCAAUGACAUUUAUGAUGCAGUGAAUAGGGUUCAUUUUCUUUUUAUCUAAUCAUGAGGUGUCCUUGAAUGACGUGAUCGUGUGGUGUUCUGAAACACACAGGAAACCAAGGUGUUGUCUCGUGCAGUCAGGGGGAAAGAAGGGUGUAUUUUUGAGGGUUUAUGAAAUCUUUUAUCUCUCAAAUGUCAUCACAACAACAUCCUGUUCUAUAUCAUGUUUAUUUUCAGUCUCCAACUAUAACUUUUAAGACAGAAAGAAGAUGAAGAAGAAGGGUCUAAUUCUCUCUCUUCAUUUCUCUAUAAUAUUGUUGUAUUGUAUUAUUUUAGAACUGUUUACUGUUUAAUGAGUGACGCUCCAGUUGACGUUUUGAAAUGCCCUUGGCAUUUGAUCAUCUGCUUUGUGCUCUUUCUCCUUUCUUAGUGGUCUCACACGGGUCCUCUGUAGCGCGUCCCGAAGGAGUUCACUUCAACUCCAUGAACCUGAGGAACAUUGUAAAAUGGCAUCCUGGGAAAGACACACCAAAUGACACACACUACACAGUGGAGUAUGCAAUGUGAGGACACUUUAGACUUUAUCAUGAUCUCGGCACCCAGAACCAAAUCAGCUACUCGGUUUUGUCACGAGAGACUGAGCUUUCCAUGAACUACUUGUAAAUAAAUGUCCAUGAUCUAUGGAUUUAAGGACACAUCUCAUUAUGUGUUUGUUUGUUGUCUCCUAGCUAUGGUGACCGGGUGGAUGGUGGAGCGAGACAGGUGCGCUGGAGGGUGAAGAAGCAGUGCAGAGACAUCCCUCAGACCUGGUGUGAUCUAUCCAAUGAGACAACUGACCUGGAUGAAGGCUACUUUGCCAGAGUCAAGGCUGUGGGCAAAAUCAGAUCCUCCAAAUGGACACUCACAGAAAAGAGGUUUGAACCCAAAACUGACAGUAAGUUGGGAUCAAAUUUUAUUUGUCACAUACACGUGUUUAGCAGAUGUUAUUGCGGGUCUAGCAAAAUGCUUGUGCUUCUAGCUCCGACAGUAUAGUAAUAUCUAACAAGUAAUAUCUAACAAUUUCACAACAUAUACCCAAUACACACAAAUCUAAGUAAGGAAUGGAAUUAAGAUUAUAUACAGUACCAGUCAAAAGUUUGGACACACCUACUCAUUCAAGGGGUUUUCUUUAUUUUUUAUUUUUUUUUACAUUGAAGAAUAAUAGUGAAGACAUCAAAACUAUGAAAUAACACAUAUGGAAUCAUGUAGUAACCAAAAAAGUGUUAGACAAAUCAAAAUAUAUUUUAUAUUUGAGAUUCUUCAUAUAGCCACCCUUUGCCUUGAUGACAGCUUUGCACAUUCUUGGCAUUCUCUCAACCAGCUUCAUGAGUUAGUCACCUUGAAUGCAUUUAAAUUAACAGGUGUGCCUUCUUAAAAGUUAAUUUGUGGAAUUUAUUUCCUUCUUAAUGCAUUAGAGCCAAUCAGCUGGGGGGGGGGGGGGGGGGGGGGGGGGGUAUACAGAAGAUAGCCCAAGUCCAUAUUAUGGCAAGAACAGCUCAAAUAACCAAAGAGAAACGACAGUCCAUCAUUACUUUAAGACAUGAAGGUCAGUCAAUACUGAACAUUUCAAGAACUUUGAAAGUUUCUUCAAGUGCAGUCGCAAAAACCAUCGAGCGCUAUGAUGAAAGUGGCUCUCAUGAGGACCGCCACAGGAAUGGAAGACCCAGAGUUACCUCAGCUGCAGAGGAUAAGUUCAUUAGAGUUACCAGCCUCAGAAAUUGCAGCCCAAAUAAAUGCUUCACCAAGUUCAAGUAACAGACACAUCUCAACAUCAACUGUUCAGAGGGGACUGUGUGAAUCAGACCUUCGUGGUCGAAUUGCUGCAAAUAAACCACUACUAAAGGACACCAAUAAUAAGAAGAGACUUGCUUGGGCCAAGAAACACAAGCAAUGGACAUUAGACCGGUGGAAAUUUGUCCUUUGGUCUGGAGUCCAAAUUUGAGAUUUUUGGUUCCAACCGCUGUGUCUUUGUGAGACGCGGUGUGGGUGAACGGAUGAUCUCCGCAUGUGUAGUUACCACCGUAAAGCAUGGAGGAGGAGGUGUUAUGGUGUGUGGGUGCUUUGCUGGUGACACUGUCUGUGAUUUAUUUAGAAUUCAAAGCACACUUAACCAGCAUGGCUACCACAGCAUUCUGCAGCGAUACAUGUGCAGAGGCUGAAGAGGCUCUGUUGCGCCUUCUUCACCACACUGUCUGUGUGGGUGGACCAUUUCAGUUUGUCAGUGAUGUGUAUGCCAUUUUCUUUAUCUUUGAAAGAGGAGCCAAAGUGAAACACUCAAUCAGAGAAUGUGUCAGGCCACAUAUGAUAAGAUUGUUAUACUUUUCUCCAACAGCAACCUUUGGACCUCCACUUGUAAAACUUGUGGUGAAGGAGAAUAGUGUUACCGUUAAGCUGAAGGGUCCAAUGAGAUGGAAGACUGGGAACAUUACAAAAUAUUACUCCUUGUUGAAAUUCUACCCUCAGAUGACAUACAACCUGUCUGUGUACGACAACAGAAGCAACAAAACGGUUGGUGUUACUUAGGUUACUGUAACUCUGUGUAAAUAAAUAAAUGACAUAAUAUGUUGGACUGUCUGCAGGGACUUUAAUCAGUGCAAAUUGCUGCAUUAAUAGAUUAUAAUCAGCAAUUAUAUAUUUUGUGUAUAAGGGUAAUUAUGUUAUAAUGCAGAUUAAUUAUGAGUGUUAGUUCUAUAUUGUGUAUUUUAACUUUCUGUAUACAUUUUGUCUUUCAGCAACACUUCACCGUGGAAAACAGAUCCUUUGAAUAUAGGCUGCUUGCCUAUGAAACCCAAUAUUGUUUCUCUGCUAAGGCCCAGUUCCUAUCACUUCUUUUAGCUUGUCAUGCAUCUGAAUGGCAGUGCAUAACAACCCCAAAAGGUAAGAUAAUACUUGAUUUAAUCUUGCUCCAAUUACCUAGCAUGCAGUGUUCUUUUCUAUUACAUGCAUUUACUGUAUGUCUGUCUGUAAGGAUACAUCUACUCAACAAGUUUUGGUACAGCACAGCAAAAAAAUCAAGAAGACAACUUUAGGUGUUUUCCCAGGGUGUAGUUUCUCUUCCUGCUAGAGUAGGAAUUAUUUAGAAGUUUCAAGGGGUGUGUGUGUGCUAGUGAGUGUGUGUUUGUCUUCUCAGCUGUAUCCUAUGAGCUUUCCCUUUCCUAUAACGGCUGUGUACUGUAUAGAUCUGCCUUAUUUUAUCUCUACAGAUCCCUUUUAUGGCCAGCUGCUACUGAUGUUGAUGGGAGCAGUUGUCCCAUCAGUCAUCUGCCUCUUCAUGCUGAUGCUGGUCGGAUGCCUUGUCUACCACUUUGUCUGUGGUAAUAAACAGAAAAGGCCCCCUUUCCUGGUAAUAAUUAUAUGUGACUUAUAUGUGACUAAUAGAAGCCUUCAACAAUGGCUAUGAAGUGUAGUUUACUAAGAUGCAUGUCCACCUUUUUCCUGUUUCAGGAAAUAUCGGACAUUCAGAACCCACCGCAGACCUUCUGUCCUGAGCAGGCUGUGACAGUGAAUGUGGUACUGGUUAACAUGGCCAAGCCCAUGGAGAUGAUGCCCAUAAAGCCCAACACUAUCCCUGCCCUCAUCCACCAGUCAGAGGGGGAGCCCAUACUACCCUACGCUGCCCAGCAAGCCCCUGGCAUAGAGGAUUCUCAGGAGGGAUCAUGGGAAGAUGAGUUCAGGGAGGCCCAACCAGAGCCCCUAGACUACGGCUUCGUUGGAGCGGCCCCAAAGAUUCCGGAAGUGAGGAAAAGUGAGGCAUCUGACAGUGAGGAAACCCUGCCGCUGCGUCUCAGCCAGGUCAACCUGUACAUAGCACAGAGAUCUGCACCAUGUUCACAGGGGCCUGUGGCGACAGGGCUGUUUAGAAUUCCACUGCUGUCUGGUAUAAAGAUGGGGGCGGAGAGCACGAGUUACAAAGAGCCUGAUCGCGUGGGUCCCUACGCACCGCAGCACUUCUCGGUCAGAGAGACCCCUGAGGUGGACCUUUGGGAAGACAAGGCUGAGGAGCCCCAAAGUUACCCCUCAGACUACAGCUUUGUGAGGGCAGCACUGGAGCAGCAGGUGGUGACAACAGAGUUCCAGACACAGUCUAACAGGAGUGAUACUCAGCCCCUGCGGCUAGCCCAAGUCAACCUGUAUAGAACCCAGAGGCAUGCACUGUUUCCACAGGAGUCUGAGGAAGAGGACGGAUCUGGUGGUAACUGUGUUGACUGGAGCCCUACAACAGGUAUCCUCCAGAUCCCUCUGCUCUCCGAACAUAUUCCAGAGGUGGAGGUGGAGGGAGAGACGAACAGGGAGUUAGAGCAGGUGGAGAUCUUACCCUCUGUGGUAGUGAGGCAAUCAGAGGAGAGUGAGGGUGAGAGUGAUCUGACUAAACUACAGAACAACUGGAGGCUAGUGGUCAACAUGGAAGAGUAACCUAUUGGACAAUUACACUGGGAUUUGGGGGACACACUAUUACAGAGUGGUAUUGCUAUUCAUAAUGGCAAUUUGUUUAUGUUUACCAUAUGUGGAAAAGUUGCCAGUUCAAAUGAAGGAAAUAUUUUUAACUAAUACGUAUCGCUUUGUAACUGCUUUAGCACUGUGAUUGUAACUAACAUAUUUUUGAGAAAGGUUUUGUUUACUUUGUACCUUUUUAUCCAUACUUUUCUACUAACUUAUUACGAUUGAUGUAAUGCCAGAUAGCUUUUUUUGUGUACAACUUCAUACAAAGUUUAUAUGAAGGCACAUGCAAUUUCACUUUACCUCAUGAUGAUUAACAACCAGGAAGGAGUGUGGCUGUAAUAGUCUCUAACCAUGUUGUUUUAUAACACACUAAAGCUUACUGUCCUCAACCUGCAAAGUACAUUAUGUACAAUAUGUACUUCCCUCUGACUAUGAAGACAAAGCUUUUCAGGGAAAUCGUUGGACUGACCGGUCUAUGCAAAUGAAGGAUAUAUUAGUUUUUUCCUCAAAUAUUUGACACUUUGAUGUCAUACAAUCACUGUUAACCGAUUUGUUCCCACAUUUUCCCCAGGCAUGCCACUAUGCAAAUCUUAUGCCAUUAGUAACCGUAACAUGUAAUCCAUAUUGCUUUUGUUAUUUUUAUUUUUUAAAAGUAUGUUUUAUUCUUGGUCACAAUUGUGACCGAUGGGAACAUACAGUGCUCUGCC